AUGAACGACACCGACGUGGUGCUCAACGGCACGGUGCCGCCCCCGGCGACGGAGGUGUCGGGCCGAUACUCCAUCCCGGAGAUGGUGCUCAUCGCCAUCGUCGCCGGCUUCCUCAGCCUCGUCACCGUCGUCGGGAACUCCAUGGUGAUGAUCUCGUUCAAGAUCGACAAGCAGCUGCAGACCAUCAGCAACUACUUCCUGUUCUCGCUGGCAGUGGCCGACCUGGCCAUCGGGCUCAUCUCGAUGCCGCUGUUCACCGUGUCCACGAUCCUGGGCUACUGGCCGCUCGGGCCGCACAUCUGCGACACGUGGCUGGCGCUCGACUACCUGGCCAGCAACGCGUCCGUGCUCAACCUGCUCAUCAUCUCCUUCGACCGCUACUUCUCCGUCACACGGCCGCUCACCUACAGGGCCAAGCGCACCACCAACAGGGCUGCCAUCAUGAUCGGCCAGACCGAGAGGCUGGUGGCGCAGGCGGGUUUAAAGCAGCUGAAAUGUAUAGAGGAGCCCGCCGCUAUUGUGUGGCCCGGAGAUUUUAACGUGACGAGCUACGCCAUUGUUCACGCGUGCCCAAUUAGAACGGCGCGCCCGCUGCCGGAGAUGAAGUCGGCCGUUGAUUACAGAAGUGGAUUACCACUAGCCUUAAACAGGAGCCCCGGCGGCCGCGUCAGUCGCCUCACCGGCGCUGGCGAGAGUGGACGCGGCCCUCCACGAGGGCCAUCGAGCGGCCGCCGCCGGCAGACACAGGUGCGAGCCCCGCGCCUGCGCGCCGCCGAGGCGCUGCCGCUGCCGCUGCCGCUGCCUUCCCACCUCCGGUCCACGCUCUACCGGGGCCAACGCACUCCUACGUAA